UGUUUUAAUGAGUGGAAACUGAAUAUGAAACGUAUAUAUGUAAACUAUUACGCACGCCCAAAGCAACAACAUCUUCCACUCUCUCUCUCAUUGUCUGUACGGACGAGUGUCUUUGGAAGCAUAUACAAUAUUAGACAGACAUGACAUGAUUGAGUUCUUAGUUUCUCAGUAACAACUCCAAAUCCAGAGUAGCAAUCCGACCAAGAUAAACCCCUCUUUCUUAUAAUCCUUUUUUGGAAGGCUGGGAAGAAAAUGAUAGCUAUAUGCCAAUCUGGGGGUGAGUUUGUCACCAAUAAAGAUGGUACAUUGUCCUACAAGGGAGGAGAUGCUCACGCUAUAGACAUUGAUGAUGAGGUUAAGUUUGAUGAUUUUAGGCUUGAGGUGGCUGAAAUGUUCAAUUGUAACAUGAAUUCAAUGUCAAUUAAGUACUUUCUUCCUGGGAACAAGAAGACCCUCAUCACGAUUUCGAAUGAGAAAGAUCUUAAGCGCAUGAUUAAGUUCCAUGGAGAUUCUUCCACGGCUGAUAUCUAUGUAAUCAUGGAAGAGAUUGCUGCCCAGGAUGUUUCUAACAUGCCCGCCAGUAGGUCUAGCAGAACAACGUUGUCUGAAACUGUGGUUCCAGUUGAUGCUACUCUUGAUGUUGUGGGUGAUACUGCUCAACCCGAUAUGGCGAUUGAUGUUGUGGAUGACACCAAUGCUCAAAUUGAUUUAGCUGCUGAUAUUUCACCCAUUUUCCCUCUUGUUGCUUCCAUUGAUGAUAAGAAUGCUAAAGGUGCGCAGCAGUGGCAGAACACUAUCACUGGUGUCGGUCAAAGAUUCAGCGGUGUUCAUGAAUUUCGUGAGUCCUUGCGUAAAUAUGCUAUUGCACAUCAGUUUGCAUUCAAGUAUAAGAAGAAUGAUAGUCACCGUGUGACUGUCAAGUGCAAAGCUGAAGGUUGCCCUUGGAGAAUUCAUGCAUCACGGCUGUCAACUACUCAAUUGAUAUGCAUUAAGAAGAUGAAUCCCACACAUACUUGUGAAGGGGCUGUAGCAACAACUGGGCAUCAAGCAACUAGGAGUUGGGUUGCGAGCAUUAUUAAAGAGAAGUUGAAAGUCUUUCCAAAUUAUAAGCCCAAGGAUAUUGUAAAUGACAUCAAGCAGGAAUAUGGAAUACAGUUAAACUACUUCCAAGCCUGGCGAGGGAAGGAAAUUGCAAAGGAGCAGCUUCAGGGUUCAUACAAAGAAGCAUAUAAUCAAUUACCUUAUUUCUGUGAGAAGAUAAUGGAGACCAAUCCAGGUAGUUUAGCGAAUUUUACCACCAAGGAAGACUCAAGUUUUCAUCGUCUUUUUGUUGCAUUCCAUGCCUCAUUGUAUGGUUUCCAGCAAGGUUGCAGGCCUCUCAUUUUUCUAGAUGGUGUACCCCUGAAGUCGAAAUACCAAGGCAAUUUAUUAGCUGCAACAGCUGCAGAUGGGGAUGAUGCAGUUUUCCCUCUUGCUUUUGCUGUGGUGGAUGCAGAAACUGAUGAUAACUGGAAUUGGUUUUUAUUGCAACUAAAAUCAGCAUUAUCAACAUCUUGUCCACUGACAUUUGUGGCAGACAGACAGAAGGGCUUAAGGGAAUCAAUUCCAGAGGUAUUCAAGGGUUCUUACCAUGGCUAUUGCCUACGGUACCUUAGUGAGGAGCUUCUUAGAGACUUGAAAGGACAGUUUUCUCAUGAGGUGAAGCGGCUGAUGGUUGAGGAUUUUUUCACUGCUGCUUAUGCACUGAAGUCUGAAUCCUUCCAAAGUUCUCUUGAGAAUAUCAAAAGUAUUUCGCUAGAGGCUUACAAUUGGAUUGUGCAAAGCGAACCACAUAACUGGGCAAAUGCUUUUUUUCAGGGUACCAGAUAUAAUCACUUGACUUCAAAUUUUGGGGAGCUGUUCUAUAGUUGGGCCUCUGAAGCAAAUGAAUUACCAAUAACUCAAAUGGUUGAUGUGAUAAGGGGUAAGAUUAUGGAAUUAAUUUAUACACGACGAACAGAUUCUAAUCAGUGGUUGACAAGGCUCACACCAUCCAUGGAGGAAAAAUUAGAAAAAGAAACCCAUAAAGUCCGAGGACUUCAAGUGCUACUUUCAGCUGGUAGCACAUUUGAGGUUCGUGGAGACUCCAUUGAAAUUGUUAACAUUGAUCACUGGGAGUGUAGUUGCAGAGGAUGGCAGCUUACUGGUUUGCCUUGCUGCCAUGCAAUUGCAGUCAUCAGUUGUUUAGCUCAGAGUACGCAUGAUUAUUGUUCGCGGUAUUACACAACUGAGAGCUACAGAUUAACGUACUCGGAGUCGAUUCAUCCUAUUCCAAAUGUUGACAUGCCUCUAUUGCAAGAUUCUUCCCAAACGGCAAUAACCGUAACCCCUCCUCCCACCCGUCGUCCACCAGGCCGACCUACAACAAAGAAACAAGUAUCACUAGAUGUAUCUAAACGUCAACUGCAGUGCAGCCGGUGCAAGGGUCUUGGGCACAACAAGUCCACCUGCAAAGAACUGGAUUGCAUCACUGCACCAGGAACAUCAUAAAUUGUACAUCUAACAGCUCUUUAUGAGGGACUGCAAGAUUUACAGAACCCAUAUUUUGGUUUUCAGCAACCAGGAAAGGAAUUUAAAUGUAUGUAAAUGUAGUUGUAGUGGUCUGUGUUUAUAAUUGCAGUUACUCUAGCUCACUAGCUAUUAUUGUGCUAUGAAGAUUUAGUGCCCAUGUUAAGGAACGAGAGAUUUAGGAUAAGAAUAUUGACUUAAAUUUAGUUGAGGUUUCAUUAGUGUAGGAUAACUCGUGGGUAGCCUUUAUCUGUUACUAUCUGCAAAAAUAUAGAAUAAUAGGGUAGGGUGAGAGGAGAACUUUUUUUUUAUAAUGUAGUCGUGGAAUACGGAUAUUCUACCCGUUGCCAUCUAUAAUGCUCGUAUAGAAUUUGUACCAGUACCACCCCGUUGCUUCUUGAUUUAAAGUCUUUGUGAAUGGUAUUUAGUUACUCUUUUUUUUU